AUGGCCCGACUCAAAGAAAGACGACCAGAGAUGACAGAAGACAACAGCCGUAUUGGCGGCCACAAUGAGGGCCAUAGGGACGGUCACAAUGACGGUCACAACAGCGGCUGGAACGACGGUCGCCAGGACGACAGCAGUUGCCCUCCGCGAUCGCCUGAAUUACUACCUUUCACUGAAGUGAUUAUGCAGGCUACAAUGCCCGAUCGGCCUCCCCCUCAAAUUGAAAAAUUUGACGGGACAACGUACCCCAAACACCAUCUUCGGAAUUUUGUCGACUCCAUGGCUUUCUAUUCCAAAAGCGAUCCAGUCAAGUGCAGCGCUUUCUCCCUGUCCCUAAAAGACGAAGCCCUAGAAUGGUACUACACUCUUCCUCCGAAUUCUAUUGACAGUUUUCAUACUGUCACCACCCUAUUCAAAAGACAGUUUUCGGCCAACCGGAGGGAGAAGAUGUUCGCUACCGAACUCGUCAAUCUCAAACAAGGGAGAGAUGAGCCGUUAAGGACAUUCAUGCGUAGAUAUUCUGAAGCGGCAAGAAGAGUGAAAGGUGUCACCCAUGAGUUCAUCAUCAACAACCUGCCCAACUGUCUCAAACUGGGGUUUGUCUCGGAGAGCCUAUACGCUGAAUUACCGAAGACUAUGGAGGAAUUACAGGAGAAAAUGACCAAAUUCAUCAAAAUGGAAGAUCAACGACACUACCGCAAGAAAGUUGAGGCCCCCAUAACUGAAGCUAAACGCGAAGACCAGCGAUCGCAUGACAAAGGUCGUAAUCAAAGCCCCCCCCGAAGAGGGCUUCCAGUUCUGCUCGGUCCCCGCUACGACCACUUUGCACAUCUCACUGUUCCGAGGGAGAAGGUGUUCGAAAAAGCCCUCCAAACUAACCUGAUUACCGUUCACAGACGAUGCUCGCCCAGGGAUGCGGACGGAUCUAAAACUUGUCGGUUUCAUGACAACCGAGGACAUUCCACAGAAGGAUGUCAGCGCCUCAAAGACGAAAUCGAAAGAUUAGUCCAUGCCGGAUAUCUACGGGAAUUUGUUAAAGUAGAAACGAAUCAACGAGGGCGCUCGCCCAGAAAGAUAAGGAGAAGCCCCGAUCCUUCACACCGAAAGACCGAACGCUCCCAAGGGCGCUCGAGAAGCAGAUUUAGAAAACGAGAUACGACCUCGAGAGGCCGCAUAGACACCAUCUCAGGAGGUUUUGUUGGGGGCGGAGCCUCAUCCUCGGCCCGCAAAAGACACUUGCAGAACUUGCGUAGCGUCCACACGAUAGUUCGAAAUCCCUUAUCAAUGCCGGACAUCACCUUUCCCGACAGGGAUUUUCACGCCCCAGACCCUUAG